ACAUAGAGCGAAAUUUGUCCGAAAUUGAAAAGCUUGUGUUUCACUCAGUUACCAUUACGCCUAUAUAUUCUUCUUCUUCUCUCCUUGCCUCUUCCACUUAACCCUCCCAACUUUGAAGAAGAAGAGAAGGAGAAGAGUAAAAUACUAGUGCCAUGAUGGACAGAGCAACCAUUCUGUUUGCCGGUUUCGUCUGCAUUGUGACCGCCGCCGGAGUCGCUGCUCAACAACAACAACAAUCUCCCCCAACUCCUCCAACUCCCACCACCACCACCCCUUCUCCACCGACCUCCACCCCGGCUCCUCCCACUCCUCCAUCUUCUCCUGCUCCUCCCACUCCUCCAUCUUCUCCUGCUCCUCCCGUUCAGUCUUCUCCUCCACAGCAGCAGCAAUCAUCUCCGCCCCCACUCUCCUCCACCAUUCUCUCCACCUCCAGCCACACCACCGCCGGCAGUACCACCACCCGCCGUCCCUCCUCCCGCGCUCACGCCAACCCCUCUUUCAUCUCCUCCGGCAACUUCUCCUGCUCCCCUGAAGAGUACGGCACCUGCACUAUCGCCGGUUCCUGCUCUCUCACCGGCUGCUGGAGCUCCCGGUCCCAGCUUGGCAUCUCUCGCUCCGGUUAGCGAUAGUAGUGGAGUAGAGAAAUUGUGGUCAUCCAAAAAGAUGGUUGGGAGCUUUGGAUUGGGAUCGGCUCUUUUAUCAUUACUGCUGUAGAGAUCUUCUAAUUGCUACCAUCAUUUUGCCAUUUGCCUCUCUAUAUAUACCAUUUUCUAGCUAUCAUAUUAUAUACAUAUAUAUGGGGAGUUUAUAUCACUGAUCUACCUACUUGGACUAUAUAUUAUUCAUUUCAUUAUUCGCUUGCAUUCUUUUGAGGGGUUUUGGGAGUUAUUUUCUAUGUUACCAUGAUAUGUCUAUUAUCAUUUCACUUUAUUAUUAAAUUUUUCUAUUCAUUUGCUGUCUAAUAAUCUUUUUUUCUUAUUCUC